AUGUCAUCAACAAUUCAAUCCACAUCUGAUCCUCAUAAUUUUUGGUACAUUAUGGGCGACUUCAUUGGUCCUAUCGUCUUCUACAUAGAUUAUAUCAACCUGGUUAGUUCCAUUAUUGGAGUUGCAGCCAACAUUUUUCAUGUGAUAGUUCUCACGAGAAAGUCAAUGAGAGCACUCACAAUCAAUGUAUUCAUGUGUGGAAUCGCAGUUUUUGAUCUCGAAAGAAUGUUGUCUAUCAUUAUACUUUUUCUACCGAAGUUUUAUAAAUUUUAUCAGGAAUCACAGAUGCCAGAGUACUGUAUACCUCCGGAAUCAUACUUCACAAUGCUCUCAAAUCAAUUUUUCUCUGCUACAUUCAAAAUAUCACAAGAAAUAUCAGUUUGGUUGGGAGUUACAAUGGCGAUUUUGCGAGUUCUUGUGAUACGAUUCCCUUUGAAUCCAAAGCCGAAAUAUGUUUUUGAACCUGCUCAAGUUUUUGGUUCUGAAAGUAUUGACAUGGCAAUCGUCGGUUUCGAAGGAAUAAUAUUCAAGUUUCUACCAACUAUACUUCUCCCAAUUGUCACUUGUCUUCUAGUUUACGAGUUAACACAUGGCAAACAAGGAGAAUGCCCAAAGAGUAAAGAAUGCAGUAAACGAUCUACCAAACUCGUCACAGUGGUUACUAUUUCAUUUUUCAUCGCAACUGCACCACUUGGAAUAAUGUACUUGAUGGAGUUUCACACAUUCCAUUCUGACGGAAUGACGUGGGUUACUUCAUGUAUGAUGUAA